AUGGAAGAAUUAUAGGUUAUAAAAAUAAUUAUUGUUGUUGGUGAACCAUAAACAGUAAAACCCUCAUUAUUCUAAUAAUAUGGCUUUAAUGAGUUGACUCAUAAUCAUCAAACAACAAUAGGGUAUGAUUUUGCUUAAAAGAUGUUAACGAAAAAUGGCGUCAAUUUGAAACUUUAGAUUUGGGAUGUAGCUGAUUUUAAAUAUAAUUAUAGCACUCACAUAGAAUAUUUUAAUUGUAAGGUUAUUAAUUACCUUAAAAAUUUUCCUUAUUUCUUUAUUAUAAAUAUAACAUAUCUAUCUUUAAUCCUUGUGAUUUCUCCAUUUGUAAAUUUAUAAUUGAUUGAAGUUAGAAUUUGGUUUAGACUUUUAAUUCUAAUGAUGUAAAAUGUCUUGUAUUAAGUACUAGUUUCGAUAAUGAACGACUUUUGA